CAAUCAGAAAAUAGUAGCCUUGUAAGAUUAAGUAGUAAGCUAGCCUUUUCUCAAUGGAUCUUCACCUUCUUGCUUCAGUACUCCCUACUACCAAUUUCACAAGAGUACUGCUCCCAUCUAAAACUCCCAUCUCUCUGCAGCUUUUAACAUCCGGAUCAACUAGAGGCAGUACUAGUUCUACUGUCCCUAGUGCUUUUAAAUGCAAGGUCACUAAUGAGAUCUCAAGCAAUUCUAAUGUUGUUGUUCGACGAUCUGCGAAUUACGAGCCUCCCAUUUGGCACUAUGAUUACAUCCAAUCCCUGAGAAGCGAAUAUGCGGAAGAAUCAUGGAUCGGACAAAUUGAGAUGUUGAAGGAAGAGGUGAGGAUAAUGCUUCGCAAAGCGGUUGAUCCUUUACUACAACUUGAGCUGAUUGAUAACUUGCAAAGGCUUGGAUUAUCUUAUCACUUUCAGAGUGAUAUUAGAGUGAUCUUGGAAAGUAUAUACACUAAUACUAGUUAUCAAGCUGGUGCCGAUAUCGUGUGCAAGAAAGAGAAUCUAUACUCCUCGGCUCUUCAAUUUAGACUACUAAGACAACACGGAUAUAGCAUACCACAAGAGAUUUUCAAUCGCUUCAAGACUGAGUUUGGAAGUUUCGAGCCAAGUCUUUGUGAUGAUAUCAAAGGAAUUCUAUGCUUGUAUGAAGCCUCAUUCCUUUUGAUAGAAGGUGAAAGUAUCUUGGAGGAAGCAAGAGACUUCGCAACCAAAACACUCAAAGAGUUUGUCGAACUAAACAAAGAUCAAAACAACCUCUCUGCUAUGGUCAGCCAUGCCCUCGAGCUUCCAUUGCAUUGGAGGAUGAUAAGAUUGGAAGCUAGGUGGUUCAUUGAUCUAUAUAGGAGUGGAGAAGAUAUGAACCCUAUUUUGCUUGAGCUAGCUGAAUUAGACUUCAACAUGGUACAAGCAGUCCACCAAGAAGAUCUAAAACAAAUGUCAAGGUGGUGGAGAAGCACUGGUCUUGGAGAAAAUUUGAGCUUUGCGAGGGAUAGGUUGAUGGAAAAUUUCCUGUGGACAGUGGGAAUGUCAUUUCAGCCUGAGUUUGGAUAUAAUAGGAGAAUGCUAACAAAAGUCAAUUCACUAAUCACAACAAUAGAUGAUGUGUAUGAUGUCUAUGGCACUUUGGAGGAACUUGAGCUCUUCACGGAUGCUGUUGAAAGAUGGGAUACAAAUGCAAUGGAACAACUUCCUUAUUACAUGCAAAUGUGUUUCCUUUCUCUUCACAAUUCUAUCAAUGAAUCGGCUUUCGACACACUCAAGCAGAAAGGAUUGAACAAUGUUCGAUAUCUUAAAAAAGCGUGGGUAGAUUUAUGUAAAUCUUAUCUAUUGGAGGCAAGGUGGUACUACAAUGGAUAUACACCAAGCUUUCAAGAAUACAUUGAAAAUGCAUGGAUUUCAAUAGGAGCCCCAGUUAUACUGGUGCAUGCUUAUUUUUCAGUCACAAAUUCAAUAACAGAGGAAGCCUUGGGUUGUUGGGAAGAGUAUUCAAAUAUAGUUCGUUGGUCAUCAAUGAUCUUACGACUUGCAGAUGAUCUUGGAACAUCUACGGAUGAGUUAGAGAGAGGUGAUGUUCCUAAAUCGAUCCAAUGUUAUAUGAAUGAUACCGGUGCUAGUGAAGAAGUUGCUCGUGAGUACAUAAGGUCUUUAAUUAGUACAACGUGGAAGAAUUUUAAUGAAGAACGUGCUGCCAGUUCUCCCUUCUCGGAAACAUUUGUUGAAAUUGCAAUGAACGUUGCAAGGAUGGCACAAUGCAUGUACCAGCAUGGAGAUGGGCAUGGCAUUGAAAACCAUGAAACUAAGGAACGUGUGUUAGCUUUGCUGAUUCAUCCCAUUUCUCUACAUAAGUAACAACCUUUGCAGCGUACUACAUAUGUCAAAGUUAUGUCAGUUGAAUUAAUACACUAGCAUAUAUGGUCUAGCUCCUUGCAGAAAUAAAAGAUGUACAAGUUGGAUUGAAAUUUGCUUGUUUGGCUUUAUUUAUACAUUUGAAAUUUGCUUGUUUGCUCUA